GAUUGGUUCGUUUUCAGAUCGAUUGCCCUCCUUGGCACCGCCUCUCGCCUUGGCUCCGGAUGGGACACGGAGGCAAGAAGCAGCCAUGGCGGAUUGGGGCCGAGGUCAGAAUACUAGUGCUGUGGAUGAUAUGCUAGAUGAAGAAAACAAGCGUAUGACCGAAAACCUGUCUUCUAAAGUCACCCGACUAAAAUCGCUUGCACUGGACAUUGACAAAGAUGCUGAGGAUCAAAAUCACUACCUAGAUGGCAUGGACUCUGAUUUCAUGAGCGUAACAGGCCUUUUGACUGGCAGUGUGAAGCGUUUCUCCACCAUGACUCGUUCUGGAAGGGACAAUCGCAAACUUCUUUGUUACAUCUCCGCCGGACUUGUCGCUGUAUUCUUCAUCCUCUAUUAUUUGGUGGCAAGGGCACGAACUUGAGAAGCAUCACCAAAAAUUAUACUUGGAUGCUUAUGUGUAAUACAAUGGAACAAAAUCUUACAACAGGAGGGAAGGGGAGAGCUUUAGAAGAUUUCCUGUUAAGGACUUUCCAGAUUUCACCGUGAUCCAGAGAAUUCUCUAUGAACUCAUUUCUGUAGACUAACUUUUCUUUGUCUUUAAUAAGGAUAAAGUUAUUGUGCCAUUCUACUUCUGAAAGCAUAAAUUUAGCAAACUUCACUUCCAUAUUGGAAAGAAGCAUUCUUAAAUUGGUUUUCUCUUUCUGCUGGGUGGGAGGGGAAACAUACUGAUGAUGAUGGCUUCAGCAGGAAAAUCCUGAUCCACAUCUUGAUUGCAAUCCAUAUCGUAGCAGAAAUGUCGUAGCACUCAAAUUCAGUGAAAAAUAAGGGCUGUCACUGGGGUACUGAUAUUCGGACAUUAGUAUCCUGGAAACAAAUUUCGCUACUAUACAGCUUGUUUCAAGAAAAAAAUCAGCUGUUGUAUUCUCUGUUUCUGGAUAUGCCAGCACUUAUAAAUAUAUUCACAAUCCUCUUUGCAUGUUAUGCUGAAGGACUUGCAGAGAUGAGCUUGGAAUAUUCCGGAAAGAAGAAAGCAGGCGAACUUACACAAAUGUUGCCAUUUCAUCUUUGUUUUUGUUUUUGUUUUUCAUUCUUGUCAAACUUGUAACUACAUACUUUAUAUGUAUCCCUGGUGAUAUAAAUCCCUAUAAGAAAUUAAUCCAUUUUUAUUUUUAGGAAAUUGUGAAGAUUCACCUAUUAAAUAUGUAUUAAUGAUCCACUGAUUAAGGAUUCUGUCAUACACACUUGCCUGAGAGUAAGUUUCAUUGAACUUAGUGAGACUUACUUAUGAGUGGUUAGGUAUAGGAGCACACUAUAAUUUCUGUAGCUGUCUGUUUCACAGAAUCAUGGAGUUGGAAGAGACUUCAUAGGCCAUCCAGUCCAACCCCCUGCCAAGAAGCAAGAAAAUCAAAGUCAAAGCAUUCCCAACAGAUGGCCAUUCAGCCUCUGAUUAAAAGCCUCCAAAGAAGGAGCCCUCACCACACAUAUUAUGCACAUAUUUGGAAACAAAUAUGUUUUACUUCACAGUUCCUUAAGGUAAAGGUAAAGGUUUCCCCUGACAUUAAGUCUAGUUGGGUCCAACUCUGGGGAGUGAUUCUCAUCUCCAUUUCUAAGCUGAAGAGCCAGCGUUGUCUAUAGACACCUCCAAGGUCAUGUGGCUGGCAUGACUGCAUGGAGCACCAUUACCUUCCCACUGAAGUACCUAUUGAUCUACUCACAUUUGCAUGUUUUCGAACUGCUAGGUUGGCAGAAGCUGGGCCAACAGUGGGAGUUCACCCUGCUCCCCGAAUUCAAACCACCAGCCUUUCAGUCAGCAAGUUCAGCAGCUUAGCAGUUUAACCUGCUGCGCCACCAUGGGGCCACAACUCCUUAGCUUACAUUUUUAACCCAGUUUUGGCACCUGAAGUACCCACAAGGAUUUAAUAGCAAAAUUGGAACUAAGUACACGAAACAAAGUUGCAUUGCAUUCAUUAAGACUUCUAGGCAAGUAUGGAUGUGAAAUACAGCCUACAAAGGCAUAGAAAGAAUUUGUAAAAAGUUUCUUCAUCAGAGGCUUUGUUAACAGAUAUGCUUAUAUUCCAAGUAUCUGUUCUUCAUUAUUGCAGAUAGUAUUUAAGACUUCUGUAGCUGUUUUAAGGCUAUUAUGUUAAAAAAGAAAGGACAUUUUAACAUGACUGCAAGCAGAUUAAAUAAGACAAUUGAUGCUACAACUGUAAAAGCCAUUUGGAGCAAAACAUGUAGUGUUCACUACUAGGUAUUAAGGGACAAGCAACUUUAUUUUGUAGGAUUAUUUAUUAACAUAUAAUUGAGUAAUUCAUCUUUUCAGUCUUCUGUACCUCAGCCUUUAGAAUCUACUGAGAAUUAAAGUCAGAUUGGCCACUAUAGAUUUACUGUACUUAUAUACCUGUACUCCCAGAUAACUUUACCUAUAUUGCCUAUGUUGUUUAAAAUCUAUUUUUACAUGUACACCCACAGCAGUGUGUGAAAUGGCUUUGAGACCAUUGUAGAGCUAUCCCAUCCCAAACUAUACAUUAAAAUCAUUAUGAAUCUCUGAUCAUGUGUGAUACCAGUAAGGCAAUAAAGAUGGGUCAUCUGCAGCUAA